AUGUUAAUAUUACUGUUAUCGCUUGUGUAUUUACAACUGAAAUUAGCACGCAGUUGUUGCUAUUUACUUCGAAUGAAUUAUAGAGGAAAGCUUCGUCAUGCUACAAGAUUACAUUCCGUGUGUUCAAGUGAUUUUGUUCGCAAAGAAUGGCGUGAUUAUCUAUGGUUUACUAGAAACGCAAUGUUAUUUCAUCGACUUGAUAUCCGUGUACGCGGUCCAGCAUAUUUCUCAUUUCUUUCGGCGUUAUGUCAAAUUUCUGAAAUAACACUGCGAAACGCCGUUGAUCAAUUUCUUCAUGGAACAUACAUCAGUCCUCGAUUACUAUCGCAAUCGAAUUUCGAAAAGCAGAUUAAUCAUAUUGUUUUACAAUUUCAGAAAGUUCCUGGAGCAAAAUUUGCUCGAAGCUUAGAAGUUAUACGUGCUGUAAUGAAUGGAAAUGGGUUUGUCUCCGCUCAUUCUUUAAAUUGGGAGUGGUGGAGGGAUUUAAAUCGUACUUUCUAUACAUUACCAACGCGUCCGAUUACAAUGAGUGACGGAUGCUCUUGUGGAACACGAAGCGAUUGUUUCGAUUCAGCAGGUAUCUAUUUUGAAUUAAGUCAUGUGGAAAAAUUUACGAUACCUGGCUGGAAAAUCGGAUGUUCAGCUGUUGAAACGCUACUGCACUCCACAUUCGAAUGUUUAUACGAACGGAAUUGUCUGAAUUUGUUAUUAUCCCAUAUUCCAGAAGGUGGUUUUGGUUUUCCUCCCAUAAAUAUGUCACCAAUUAACUCUUCACUGGCAAGUCGUUUUCAAAACAGUUCAAGUAUUCAAAAUUUAACCGAUGAGCUAUUCGUGGAAGAAUGGAAGGUGAAUAGUUAUUAUUCAUCAUUUUACAAUCAGUGUGCUCCAAUUUUAUGUUCUUAUAAGAUGAAAAGAGAGGAAUAUCUUGUUUUCAGCGUUACGAAAAUUCUAGCCUUUUACGGAGGACUAACUGUAGUUUUGCAAUUUAUUAUUCCAAUUAUCAUUAAAUCAAUAUUCGAUAUUCAUGAUCAGUGUCGAAGAAACACAAUUACUCCCGUUGAGUAA